UCGAUCAUUUUUGUUCUGUCGUUUGUUCCGUUUGGUUGUUUUGUUGCGGGUGUAAAAUAUUGGUUACAAAGUGCCGAAAAUAAAUACAAAACAGUCAUGUCUUCCGGAGCUGGUCAAGUAAUCUGCAGUAACUGUUCCUCGCUUGCUCUGGUGGAAUCCAUCGUACAGUGCGCUGAGUGUUUGAAAUCGUGCUGCCAGAAGUGCUCCCGGGAACCGAACGAGUCCGUUUCGCUGUUCAACAUUCCUCGCAUUCUGUGUUCGAAGUGCUAUCGGAUGCAUCGCGAGCAGGAAGGGAUUUCGUGCUGUCCGCUCCACUCCGAGCGAACCCUGGAUCUGUACUGUAUGACAUGCGAGCAGCAAAUUUGCUGCGACUGUUUUAUCCUGUUGCCGGAACACAAACGGCACACCAUCGACGCCGUGGAGACGGUCUACCGGCAGAAGCUGCUGGAAACGGUGGAGAAGUUUCGCAAGAUUCCGCAGCGGUUGAAGCUUAUUGAUUGGGAUGCCGUCCGGCAGGUGGACGAAAAUCUGCGGAUUGUCCAGGAUGUUGAACAACGAAUUUUGGAGGAGAUUAAUGAGCUGAUCCGGAACCGUACGGCUUCGAUGCUCGGUAAGACGGCGGAGAAAAAGAGGGUCCUGGUGAGAGUUAAGGAAUAUGUGGCCAAUAUGGAGCAUCAAAACUUACAGACUUUGGAGCAGAUACGAGGUUUGAAUACCAACGAUUUUCUGCGGCAGCAGGAAGUGUUGAAUCAGAGGUGUGAGCGGAUUCUAAAAGAUGUAGAACAGUUGCAAAUACAAUCUGUUACUUGGGACGAUAUUCAGUGUGAUCUGCUGCCGGCGUGCAACUUAGAAACAAUAGUCAUCAAUGUCCCGUUCGAUAUUGGCCAAAACAGCAAAAGAAUUCCGUUCCAACUGAGAGACGAUAAUGGCAUUCAGUGGAUAACGAUCUGCCAUAUCCGGGCCACUUCCAUAGUUCUUGAGAUGUACCCUGGAGAAUUGGUGGGCGACUUCAAUUUCCGAACCGACGUGGAAAUAUCUCAUUUGAAUCAGAUGAAAAUGAUUCACAAAUCCUUACCGUUCCGUGAAAAGCUCGUACAAACAGAACUCAUAUCGUUGAAUGAGCUGCAGAGUCGUGGGUUCCUUUCAGAGACGGGUGACAUACGCUUGAAGAUCGGCAUCCGUUCGGAAAGUUUAGUCGAAGAAAACAGUUUCCUCAAAAAGCGCGUGUUCGAUCAACGGAAGGUGGUUGGACAUUUGCAAAUGGAACUGGCUGCGCUGAAGGAUCAAAACUUUAUUCAGCAGGGAGAUAUGCUACGCUUAAAUUGUGAAUUGAAGCGUUUGAAGCAGGUCCAUGACGAACAGGUCAUGCACAUGAAGAAAGAAAUAAAAGAGCUCAAAUUGGCCGGCGAUGUAAGACCGGUGUCUCCGGCCAGUUCUGUGAGUCUUCCGCAGUCUCCGAUUGAGCUUGACAAACAAAAGCUGAACUGCGACAUGAAACGACUUCAGGCAAAGCUGGAGUCAAUGAGAAUUGCCAUGAAAACGAUGAACCCAUAUGCCAUCGGUAGCUUCGAAAUCUACAAAUGCUCGAAAGAGACCAAAUUCUAUUCUCCGCAACUGUCGUCCUAUGACGGGGUAACAAUCUAUGUGAUUGUUCAGCCCAACUUCUCCGACAAAAAUUCGGACGUCAAUGCUUACAUAUGUUACUCCAAAGGAGCAAAAAAGAAGUGUCAAGUUUUUCUGGAAGUUCUGAACGAGUUCGAGGAGAGCAACGUCCGCGAGGAUCGGGUGUUCGACUUCUCCAAAGGAACCAGCUUUACGUGGAAAAGCGUAAUCACGAACUACGCAUUGACCCGCGACGGCGGCUUCCUUGUUAAUGAUCAUUUGAAGAUCAUGUUUGGACUGAGACCACUACUCGAGUAGAGUGGGGCACACCUCAAAUGGAAGUUGUACACGAUACAACUUUGUCAGAUUUGAUUUAAAACGAAUAUGUAGUUCACAUUCCGAAAUGUGUGCGUUAUGUUUUUGUUAUUUCUUUUUAUUAUUUUGACUAUAAUGCGACCAAGUUCUGAAUUUUGUCCAUUUUUUGUUUGAUUUUUAAAUACAUAGUA